ACGCCUCUUACUGAGAGCGGGAGGGACUAUUUGUCGGAGCGCAAGCAGCGCGGCAACACACACGUACGGAGUCAGUCAAGAAGAGUGAGUCAACCCACCGGGAGUAAAGAAAAAGAGGAGAAUCAUUUACAUGUGUAGUGACUGUUUGCGGAAUUAAACUGAAGGGGACUUUUUUUAAAACAAGAAUUGGACGCCAUUGGAGCAGGUUUUUUUUUUUGCAACCCCACAAAGUGUACCUGUUCCUGGUAUAUUUCGGAGCGAGCGACCAGUCAUGGCGAGACAAGACGUCCUAAGUGGACAAGACUGCAUUAAAGUGCUGUAUUUGCUGCUCGCCUCGACACUUUUACUACACGGAACGUCAGGUCAGCUUGUGAAGGUGGAGCCGGAGGUGCUGUCGUAUCCGGGUCAGACGGUGAACCUGCGCUGUGCCUUUGCGGACACCACGGGGAUCCAGCUCACAAUGGUGACGUGGAUCUACGAGCCCAAAGAAGGAGAGAGGAUGAACAUCGCUGUGCUUCACCCAAGCUUUGAUCCAAACUACCCUGAUUCGCCUCUCAAGGGUAGAGUCCGCUUCAACCAGAACCCCGCCGACAUGGCGAACCCCUCCAUCCAGAUCAAUGAUGUCCGCAUGACAGACGAAGGGAAAUACAUCUGCGACUAUGCUUCCUACCCUGGUGGCAAUAAGCAAGGCAUCACCAAUCUGAUCAUGCUUUCGAAGCCCCAGAAUUCAGCCGUCACCUUAACCGUCGAUGCGGCCACCAAGUCCACGGUGGUGGCGCGCUGCGAGUCUCUCAACGGCCGUCCCGAGGCGCAGAUCCGCUGGGUGACCACCGCCAACGGCAACGCCACCACGUCGUCCAAGCUGAGCUCAGACAACACCGUGUCCAUUACCAGCGAGUACCGCAUGGUUCCUACGGCGGCGGACAAUGGCAAAGACAUCAGCUGUGUGGUGUCACACAGGACGCAGGCAACGCCAGAAAGCUUCCAGAUGAAACUAAAAGUUCAAUAUGCGCCCCAGGUGACAAUAGUGGGUUAUGACAAUAAUUGGUACGUGGGUCGUACAAAUGUGCUGCUCACCUGCCAAGCUACCGGGAACCCGGUUCCGACAACCGUCCUAUGGAAAGCUAUGACAGGUGAGAUGCCGGAUACCGUCCAAAUCAAAGACAACCAGUUGAAGGUCCUGAAGGUGGACGAUGCUGUCAACACGACUUUCGUCUGCGAGGUCAAGAACCGCAUCGGCGUGGGCAGAGACCAGGUCACGGCUUUGGUCAGAGCCUCAGCCUUGGACGAACGCUGUCGGUUGAAGGGCAACACAACACAAGAGCCAUCAGUGAACCCGUCCAAUGCUGGCGUGGUGGCGGGGGCCGUGAUAGGCUCCCUACUGGCCCUACUUUUGGUGGCGGCCCUCGUGGCCGUGCUGGUCACUCGUAGCCGCCGGCAGCAGCAAGGCUACCGCGGCAAUGACCUGAAGACUCGCAUUUUCGGCGGCGGCAAGAAAGCCAGCAAGAACGGCACAGGCACGGGCGGGGUCAGUGGUGGCGUGAGCAACAACAACGGCCCCAUCUACGUGUACAACGAUGGCUCAUCCCACCAGGGUCUCGGGGAGAAAAACAACCACAGACCCCUGGGGGUGGGGGCGCGGCCCGAGGUGGCGUCCAGCACACCCACCGCCCAGGACAUAUUACUCAGCAGUGAGCUGGACGACGCAGAGAGGAGAAAGUUUGACGAGCUGGAGGAAGAGGAGCGGUACGACCACUUUUCCGGGGGCGCCCCCAUCCUGCAGCUGCGUCCACCCAAUGACCAGGACGAUAUGAUCGGAGACUACCUGGAUGAUGACAUGGAGUCCCAGCGAGAUGGUUCUGUCAUUUCUCGAACUGCUGUUUACGUAUAAAGGAGGAAAAAGAAGAGGAGAGAAAAGGAAAAAAAAAAAAAUCCUGAGGAUUUUUGUGGCUCCGGGGUGUCGUCACUGUCAGAUGGAGAUGCGAGAAUGAAACCACUGUUUAUUUUUCAAAAAUGUAUUUUACAUAUAUUCUAUUAUUAAUCACAGUGUAGCCCCAAUUGUCUGGAGGGGUGUGUGUGUGUGUGUGUGUGUGUGUGUGUGUGUGGUAGGAAUCUUAGAGUGGAGUAUUUGCUGUUUGUUUUUCCAUGCCGCUCCUUGUAAAAAGUACAACUGGAACAUUUUGAAAAAGAAACUAUUACAUGGAUGCUAGCAUAAAUCACAGAGAGAGGAACCAUGGUUCUGUAGGAAAGGAGCGUUCCCAGCAUCCGAAAUACAAGCUACACAUGGCGCUGCUCACUUCCACGUUCACUCUUAUCUUCUCGGUUUAAGUCGAGGCAGGUUGCCAGGUUGAUGCGUGUUUACCUGCUAUUCUCAGGUCUUCCUGCGGGAAGCCUUUUUUUGGAGGUCGGAGGUAGUUAGUCGCUAGCGAUGGGACUGAAGGUUAAUUGAUUAAGCGUCCAGGACUUAUUUUUUUUCCCUUCUCACUACUCUAACUCACUAAUUUGACUUCAAAAACCACAGUAACAGUUGUGUUGAGAUACCUUUUAAUUACCUUAAUUCAUGUUUUAUGAUUUAAGGUAAUUCAGCCUGUCAGUUUUUGCCAUUUUUGAGGGAAUAUCAUAGCCGUAACGUUCAAUUUCUCGUAAUUUCUACCGUCUUGUUGUAUUGAAAGCAAUGUCACGGCCCGGUAACUCUUAUAUGUCGCACCAGAUGAUGUGGCACAUCACAUUAUGACGAAAACGCCCGCUAUACAGUGAAGAAAAUAAGUAUUUGAACACCCUGCUAUUUUGCUAUUUCUCCCACUUAGAAAUCAUGGAGGGGUCUGAAAUUUUCAUCGUAGGUGCAUGUCCACUGUGAGAGAGAUAAACUAAAAAGAAAAAUCCAGAAAUCACAAUGCAUGAUUUUUUAACAAUUUAUUUGUGUGAUACAGCUGCAAAUAAGUAUUUGAACACCUGAGAAAAUGAAUGUUAAUAUUUGGUACAGUAGCCUUUGUUUGCUAUUACAGAGGUCAAACGUUUCCUGUAGUUUUUCACCAGGUUUGCACACACUGCAGGAGGGAUCUUGGCCCACUCCUCCACACAGAUCUUCUCUAGAUCAGUCAGGUUUCUGGGCUGUCGCUGAGAAACACGGAGUUUGAGCUCCCUCCAAAGAUUUUCGAUUGGGUUCAGGUCUGGAGACUGGCUGGGCCAUGCUAGAACCUUGAUAUGCUUCUUACGGAGCCACUCCUUGGUUUUCCUGGCUGUGUGCUUCGGGUCGUUGUCGUGUUGGAAGACCCAGCCACGACCCAUCUUCAAUGCUCUGACAGAGGGAAGGAGGUUGUUCCCCAAAAUCUCACAAUACACGGCCCCAGUCAUCCUCUCUUUAAUGCAGUGCACUCGUCCUGUCCCAUGUGCAGAAAAACACCCCCAAAGCAUGAUGCUACCACCCCCAUGCUUCACAGUAGGGAUGGUGUUCUUCGGAUUGUACUCUUCAUUCUUCUUCCUCCAAACACGCUUAUUGGAAUUAUGACCAAAAAGUUCUAUUUUGGUCUCAUCUGACCAUAAAACUUUCUCCCAUGACUCCUCUGUAUCAUCCAAAUGGUCAUAUGCAAACUUAAGACGGGCCUUGACAUGUGCUGGUUUAAGCAGGGGAACCUUUCGUGCCAUGCAUGAUUUCACAUCAUGACGUCUUAGUGUAUUACCUACAGUAACCUUGGAAACGGUGGUCCCAGCUCUUUUCAGGUCAUUGACCAAGUCCUGUCGUGUAGUUCUGGGCUGAUUCCUCACCUUUCUUAGAAUCAUUGAGACCCCACGAGGUGAUAUCUUGCAUGGGGCUCCACUCCGAUUGAGAUUGACCGUCAUGUUUAGCUUCUUCCAUUUUCUAAUGAUAGCUCCAACAGUGGACCUUUUUUCACCAAGCUGCUUGGUAAUUGCUCCGUAGCCCUUUCCAGCCUUGUGGAGGUGUACAAUUUUGUCUCUGGUGUCUUUGGACAGCUCUUUGGUCUUCGCCAUGUUACAAGUUAAAGUCUUACUGAUUGUAUGGGGUGGACAGGUGUCUUUAUGCAGCUAACGACCUCAAACAGGUGCAUCUGAUUCAGGAUGAUACAUGGAGUGCAGGUGGACUUCUAAUGGGCAGACUAACAGGUCUUUCAGGGUCAGAAUUCUAGAUGAUACACAGGUGUUCAAAUACUUAUUUGCAGCUGUAUCACACAAAUAAAUUGUUAAAAAAUCAUGCAUUGUGAUUUCUGGAUUUUUCUUUUUAGUUUAUCUCUCUCACAGUGGACAUGCACCUACGAUGAAAAUUUCAGACCCCUCCAUGAUUUCUAAGUGGGAGAAAUAGCAAAAUAGCAGGGUGUUCAAAUACUUAUUUUCUUCACUGUACCACUGGGUUCUGUAUGAAAGGCACAGCCUCAGUUGCGUUCAAAUUCCAAUUAUUUGACACAUCUAAAAUAUAUCAACAUACAACAUGAUUUAUGGUUCGCCGUCUCUUUAAUUGAUCAUACAACUUUUUUUUUUACUUUUUUUUAAUUUUUAUGACUUUUAACCUGAAAUUUGUCACACAGUCCAACAAGUACUGUACUGCGUAAAUGUCAGACUAGAUACUGACUUCCUGUGUUGCUGGAUUCUGUAUUAAAGGAGGUCGGUAGCCCUCCAUCGGUAGUCCGUUGUGCGGGUAGUUAAUAGCUAGCGAUGGGACUGAAGGUGAAUUGGUUAAGCAUUUCGGACUGUCAUUUAUUUUUUCCCUUCUCACUACUCUCAAUUUGACUUCAAAAACCACAGUAACAGUUGUGUUGAGAUACCUUUAAUUACCUUAAUUCAUGUUUUAUGAUUUAAGGUAAUUCAAAAGUCAGUUUUUGCCCCUUUUGAGGGAAUAUCAUAGCCGUAAUGUUCAAUUUCUCGUAAUUUCUACCAUCCUGUUGUAUUGAAAGCAAUGUCACGGCUCGGUAACUCUUAUAUGUCGCACAUCACAUUAUGACAAAAGCGCCCACUAUACCACUGGGUUCUGUAUGAAAGGCACAGCCGAAUAUUUCCCUCCUCAGUUACGUUCAAAUUCAAAUUAUUUGACUCAUCUAAAAUAUAUCAACAUAUAACGCGAUUCAUGGUUCACCGUCUCUUUAAUUGAUCAUACAACUUUUUUUUUUUAUUAUGACUUUUAACCUGAAAUUUGCAAUAUAUAUGUAAAAGUAAAAACGUGGAAAAAACACUAUGUGAGCCGCAAAGUCACACAGUCCAACAAGUACUGUACUGCGUAAAUGUCAGACUAGAUACUGACUUACUGUGUUGCUGGAUUCUGUAUUAAAGUCUAGUGGUUAGCGCGCGGACCUCACAGCGAGGAGACCAGGGUUCAAUUCCACCCUCGGCCAUCUCUGUGUGGAGUUUGCAUGUUCUCCCCGUGCAUGCGUGGGUUUUCUCCGGGUACUCCGGUUUUCCUCCCACAUUCCAAAAACAUGCUAGGUUAAUUGGCGACUCCAAAUUGUCCAUAGGUAUGAAUGUGAGUGUGAAUGGUUGUUUGUCUAUAUGUGCCCUGUGAUUGGCUGGCGACCAGUCCAGGGUGUACCCGGCCUCUUGCCUGAAGACAGCUGGGAUAGGCUCCAGCACCCCGCGACCCUCGUGAGGAAAAAGCGGUAGAAAAUGAAUGAAUGAAUGAAUGGAUAAUUUGCUAGGUAUGGCGUUGGCGAGACAUCCAUGUGGCUUACAAGGUAGCCAGCAUUGUAAAUGUUUUUUCAUGAUGGAACGUUUUUUUGUUUGACCGAAAGCCGCCAUACUUCUCCUUGUUUGAGGUUGCUUGCAAGACCACAACAUCUGAAAAGAAAGCUCUUAUUCUAAACGGCGGUAUCACCACAUGACAUGUUUGUCACAUCAUGCAUCUGUCUGUCCAUUCACAUACAAUGCAGACGUCGUUUUUUUUUACGAGGGGAAUAUCUGGACCCUCAUAGCCCGGGGGGGGGGCGGGGUGUUUACGUGCUGUACAACCAUGAGCUUUUUUGACAAAGUGUUCACAUGCAAGAAUGUCUACGAUUCGCCGCCAGCUAAAAGGUGGACUGUAAACCAGACCCAGACGGGAAUGAGGAGUACUCGCCCUGACAGGGUGAAGGGGAUGUAGAGAGAGGAUGCAUGGGGGGGGGGUUCUCAUUCUCAUCCUCAUCCUCAAACAAUCCUGACAGUACAAACUUGAUUGCUAAUGAAGCAUGAAGUCGCAGGCUUAGCUGAGACCACCAGAUUGCCGCCACUUAUCCUUUUAUAACGUAGCAUCAACGCUAGCUCUCUAUCAUCCCUUCACCACCUCCUCUUUUUUUGCAAGUGUUUAUGGGCACUCUGUGAUUUAAACCAGGGGCGCUGUGGAGGUCACGGCCACAGAGAAGAACAUUAGAGUGUUCUUUACUGCUCCUGAUACAGCAGGUAUCAAGAGUAAGCAUAGUCCCCUACCCACUCCGCCACCCAUCGGGCCCAGUUGACGGAUGAUGGAGCUCCGCAUAACUGCAUUAGAGUCUAUAGAUUUUCCACUGAGAUCAUGCAAUAUUUUUCUCCAUUAGCGGAUGCCGUUAAGUGUGGAGAAAUUGAUUGGGAGACAUAAAAGCUUUUGCCGUAGUUAUAUUGACUAACAGGCAACAUGCAGCGAAAUGGUCCUUUAUGAUGCAGCUCGGGGGGUGGGGGGGGCUGAUUGUCUCCUGACUGUUAAUUCAUCUCUUAACGAGCCACCGGAGACACCCCCCCCCCCCCCCCUUCUCUCAAUUGCUCCCUAGCUGCUAUUCUUACACGCUGGCCUUUUUUACUCGAGUCACUGUAUCCGACCUUCUUCAUCAGCUUUUCUUUGAACCCCACCGCCAAUGGCUGUGACCUCUCGAAAGGCCCCCGGUGGAGUCUUGCAACAUGUUGUAGAUCGUGAGGUCAAAUGCUGGGUGAUUCGUCGCCAACGGCAACGAUGACUGCACUUGGCCACAUGUCUCGAGGUAUUUUUUUAAAAAUUAUUUUUAGAGUAAAUCAGAAAUUCUGCGAUUGGGUAGCGACCAGUCCGGAGGUGUACCAGGACUUACCCCGCCUCUUGCCCUUGAAUAGGCUCCAGCAUACCCGCGACCCUAAUGAGAAUAAGCAAAAUGGAUGAAUAAUGUGAAAUGCUGGGAGAGAGCUUGUCGAGAUGGACCUUAUUUGCCUUAAGGGGGCGCUAACCUUUACGAAAUGAAGAUGACCGAAAAUGUUCUAAUUAUAUUUCCCUAAAACAUGAAGAGGGGCGGCACGGUGGUCUAGUGGUUAGCUAGGAGACCAGGGUUCAAUUCCACCCUCGACCGUGCAUGCGUGGGUUCUCUCCGGGUACUCCGGUUUCCUCCCACAUUCCAAAAACAUGCUAGGUUAAUUGGCGACUCCAAAUUGUCCAUAGGUAUGAAUGUGAGUGUGAAUGGUUGUUUGUCUAUAUGUGCCCUGUGAUUGGCUGGCGACCAGUCCAAAGACUGCUGGGAUAGGCUCCAGCACCACCCUCGAGGAAAAGCAGUAGAAAAUGAAUGAAUCAAUGAAUAAACCAUGACGAGGAUUGGAUCGAUAAUUAGAACGAGGCUGUUCCUUAAAAAAAACAUCAAUAAUCAUAUGGAGUGCAUGAAAAAGUAGAAAGAAAAUCAUACCUCUUUUGAACACACGGCCAUUUAUUAAGAAUUAUAUUGCACAACACAGAAGUAUUAGAACCAAUGUAGUAAUAGUGGUAAGUAGCAAACGGUACUACAUCGUUUCAUUUUAAAGCAUAACAUCAAAUGCAGCAACUACUGCAAUCACUAAAUCAAGAGGUUGCCCACAGCCACAGCUGUUAAUAUGCAAAUUAGAGACCCUGGUGGUUAUUUGCGUUGUCGCCCACGCACCCGGCCCCUUAUUGGACACUUGGUUGUUCAUUUAAUUAGAGCAUUUACGGUAUCGCUUAAUGGCCUCAAUCAGCUGUGUAUACACUGUACGUUUUGGCAGGAAAUGUCUGCAUCGGAACUCCAAAACGGGAUCAAACUUCGAAGAUACACGCGUUGACAAGUCGGUAGUAUCAAAAACUCAGAGAAACCAUCCCAUUGCUGCAAUAAUUUCUAUCAGCGAACCAGGGAUCGGUAUAUGUUUAUCAAUAAACAGAGGGCAAAUGAACUGAUGGAGAUACGACACUAUCAUGAUAACGUAAACGUUGUUUAUGUUGGUCACAACAAUCGUAGCAGGAAAUGUUCGUACCUUCCAACCAAUCAGAGCACACCUUAAAACCACAUGAAUAUUGUUUUUUUUCCACCUAACCAUAAUGCAAAGAAAUGAGCUUUACUGCCAAAAUCAUACAGUGUAGAACAAAGCGCUAGCUAACGCUACACAACUCCCGUCUACCACAAAUUUUUCACAAUGCCGACAAAAACAAACAAAAGAAGUUAUUUUUGCACGUGAGUGAGUGUAUGUAUCACUACUACAAAAAGAAAUGUGAGUAUAACGUUCGGUGUUUAAGAGGAUGAAAACCGCGACUUUAAACUGUACAUUUUUUUGGUGUUGAAAUGUCUGUGUACUAAAACUGUAAACUUUUUUUUUUUUUUUGGUGUGAAAACAAAAGUGGAUAUUUAUGAAAAUGUAAAAUAUUAUCGGCGUGAAGGGGACAGCGGCGGUCGCUAUGGGUCAAGUGGGUUUUUCUCGCAUCACAGGAAAAAAAAAAAACCAUAAUUGUGAAUGUACAUUUUUACUGCAGAGAGUGAUUUUAGAGAGGGAAGUUCGACUCCUGUAGCUUUUUUUUUUAUUUGUUGCCUGCAUUUCUACACAAUAAGCACAGUGUUGUUUUUGCACAAUUGGCUCUCCAAGGCAGACACACACACACACACACACAAAAACACACACCAUAGUCAUAAUUUAUCAAGUAGGCUCCUUUCAUACCAGUGUUGUGUCAGGUGUACGCAAACAUUUUUUUUUUUUUUUUUUACGGGGCGUAUUGUGUAACCCCAGCGGCCAACCUUUAUCACUGUGCAACAAAAAAAAAAAUCAUAAAAAAAAUGGGCAAAGUUGUGUACUGUAUGUACACGCACAUCUUCGAGAAUGCCGAGAAACAUUCGCCCACUCACAAACGCCCCACAGCCACUUUCAUUAUGCUGCACUCCAGACGCCUCAUACCUGCCAUUGCCUGACACGAGCCCACACACAAAAAAAUCACACACAAAAAAAAAAAAAAAAACAGUUUUCGUCCUCCUCCAUGCUCUGUGGUCAGGACGCAUAUUCUGUAUAUUCCUGCCGACUUGGAAAAAGCCGCAUGAGUCCCCGUUACUUUUCUUAUUAUUUCCACGUAAACGACACCGUCAAGUGCAUACAACUUAUUUAGCUUUUAGCAUUAUUUUUAGCUUCCUACUCUUUGUAAAAAAAAAAAAACAAAAAAACAUGGCCUCCUAUACACACACAGCCUCAACUACCAGGACUCAUUUCACAAUGACUCUUUUCACAUGCGUCACACCCUUCCCUGUAUUUGUUCAUCUUUGAAGAUGUAAACAAAUGAAUAAUGGCUAGUUUGUUGUUUAUGAUUGCAGUCAUUUUUAAUGAAUUAAGUGAUGCUAACAAUUGGACCGAAUGUCAAACGGUACUUUUUCCAUUGAAAAUAGUCAUCAUGGUCUUGGGACUUAUACACACAAACAGACAGGUGGCACCAAGCAACUUCUUAAAGCGGGUCAGAGCUUUUCUUCCCAGCACUCACACACACACACACACACACAUCAGUGAUGUGGAGAGACGAAAUUUUUGUCUCACAGUACAUAUUUUCCCCAAAGUGGUUCCCUUAUUUUAUGUUCGGGUAAUUGCGGAAACAAAUUCAGACACUAAUGAAAGCAGUACAGCUAGCAUGUUUGCAGGCUAACAAACGGAUUGUAAUUGCCUAGCUGUUGAGUGCUAAUGGUAAGGGUUGUGCUAACGGUAUAUAUAUAUUUUUUGAUAAUUGGGCAACACAAAAUACCUACCCAUGCACUUUUCAUUUUUAUUGAAAAAAAAUUAAAUUUCAAAUUUAUUGAAAUGCAGUAGUUGAUGCUGAUGUUCAAUACGAUGCGAUAUUUAAUUUUUUGUCCAACCCCGGGAUGAAACUCUGCAGUUUAGCAAGCUAGUGCUGCCAUUAGCAUCUUAGCCACUUUGUUUCCAGUGUUCUAGCCUAAAUUUAGUCACUAUUAAACGAUACACACUUAAUUCUGAAUGACUACUAUUAUAAACAAUAAUUGAAUGGCUGUUGGUGUUUAUUACAUGAGUGACGUCAUAGUGAAAAGUUUUUUUUUCUGUUAUUGUUGUUGUUGUUGUCUGCAAACAGCAGAAGACAAAUGAAAGCCUUAACAUCCUCCAUCUCACCCGUGAAGACAAAAACAAGUCAUUCCUAUGUAAAUAAUAUAAAUAUAUAAAUAUGUAGCAGAUGGUGGAAAAAAAAGAAAAUACUAAUUUAUGGUGUCACGUUUGUGUAUUUCUUCUCAGUGACAGCAACGCAUGAAGGAUUUAUCCCCCCCUCCCUUUUUUCUUUUUUUUUUGCUGUUCUUUUGCAGUGCUUUAUAAUUUAUAAUGUGUUUUGGGUUGUUCUUUUUUUUUGUUUGUUUUUUUGCCCGAGUGCUUUAUUCUCAACUGCGUCGCUGUGAUUGCCAAAAAUGCUGGCAAAUGUGCUUCUUCUUCUUCUGUACAAUGAAGUAUACGCAGCAGAACUACAAGUUUUACUCCGUAAUGUGCAUUUUUAUCAGCCUCUCUCUGUGUACAAGUUUUUUUGUUUUUUUUCCUCGUCUUUCUCUCUUUUUUGUAUUUUUUUAUAAGUGAUUUUUGGUCUCUUUUAAGAUGGAAGAAAAAAAAAAAAAAGCUGGUUGUCACCGCUUUUUGUCAUGUCUUUUUUCUUUUCUCCUAUUUGGUUGUUAUUAAAGAUUUCAUGAUUUUUAAA